GGAGUGGCCCCUCUCAGGCAGGAAGGUGGAGAGGAGCUAAGAUAGCUUUGCCUCUACUGAGGCUGGGACUUGUGGUCCAGCCCCCACCUCCACCUCCAGUUGGGCACAGAAGCUGGGACCCAGGAUCAGGAGUCAGUUUAUAGCUCUCUGGCCUGGGUUUUGUAGCCAGUUCCCUGAGUUCCUGUUCUGUUACUACCCCACAGCAUAUGGGUGCCUGGCUUACCUCUGUCCCAGAGCCUCACUGAUUCCUGAAGCCCUAUCGGCUUCUGGGGAGUUGGCCCUGGUACCCAAUCGUAGUCCUAUCCCUGAGGGUGGCGGUAUUGGGUCUGCUUGCUCUUUGACCUGUGGCUGCAGCAGGGAUUCUGCCCUGUGCUGGGGCAAGCUCGUGGCAUUAACCAGCCCCCAUCCGGCCUGUUAGGGAAAGGUGGCAGUAGGUCCUGCCUCCUGGAGUAGACGGCUUUCUGAAUCUGGGCCUUGCACCCUGCUGUUGCACCCCUGUGCAUUUAGGCAGUCAUCCAGAGCUCAAGUUAACCAGGUCUCAGUCCCGUUUCAGAAACCUGUUAGAAUAAGACUUCCUUGCCUUACCUAGGAACGAGGCACCUGGAAAGCUUAUUAGGUGGCCACUGCCACAGGCUGCCGCCUUUGGACCUCACAGCCCUCUCUCCCUUCUGUUACUUGACUCUGCGGCACUGGGUAUGGAACCCUGGGCUGUGCGUACCAGGCGUGUAUUCACUGCUGAGUUGCACCCCAGACCUCAAGACACCCCACUGUCCGGAGAGGCAGAGCUCCUGUGGAUCAGGGUCUUGUCCUCAGAAGCAGCCUCUCGGACCCCAGAUUGGACCAUCUUUGCAUGCUCCUAUUAGCCACACCACGAGCUCUGGGACAAAGCACAAGCUGCCUUCCAAUGGCUCAGUGAGGAGAACCAUGCACGAGGCUGGGAGUGGAGUUCAGUGGUCACUGCCUCAGGUGGUUUAGACUUCAGUUCUGCAAAAUAACUAUAGGUGAAGAACCACAGGAACAGACAGCAUAAUCUCAGGGCUUCACUCAAGGCAGCUCCUGGAAUCUGCCUCCUGUCUCCAGUUGGUUGUGUGGAUUUUCCAUGCAGCACCACUGGGCCAUACUGACACUGAAUCCAGGGCCUGAGUUAUCUACUUGGCCUUUUUAAAAAAACUUUUUUUAAAAAAUGGUUUCUCUGUUUUGGUUUACCUAGCUGGUUCACACUUGCAAUCCUUUCUCAGUAUCGUUUUAAUGUAAAUUUUGUUAGAAUGAGACAUAUGAUCGAAUACUAGUCAGAAAACUACCAUUAUAAAUAUCCAGCCCCAUCAUGAGCUCUGCAGUGUGAAUGGCAGCCCCAUACAUGUGGAGUCCUGUGUUAUCCAAGCUUUCACAGCAGUUGUGCAACACUGCAGGACUCACACAUGAACAAACCUCCCUCACACACUUUUUUUUUUUCCUUGUAGAGCUAGAGAUGGGAGUCCAGAGCCUCAUGCAUGUUAGCAAAGCACUCUUUUAUCAUUGAGCUACACCCCAGCCCUUUUGAGGCAGGGUUUCACCAAGUUCCCUAGGUUGGCCUUGGACUUUCAAUCCUCCUGCCUCAGCCUCCAGGGACAAUAGGUGUAUGUCACCACACUCAGCUUGUGUGCCUAACAUCACCUGUCCACAUCGGUCUGAGACCACCUGUGUGCUAGGAAGACAACGUCCAGAGCAUCACAUCAUUCCCAGUCAUCCUCUAGCUCUGGGCCACUGCAGAGGUAGAACGGUUAGGGGAGGAGAGGUUCCUUUAGUUUUAGAAGCAUGGAGGAAGGUGGUGAAGGCUUUUCUGCAGAUCUUGGACUUGCUUGGUGACAUCUUCCAGCUAUUUUAGGAGGUGAAUCUGAAGACCAAGAACAUUGUAACAGGAAGGGCCCUAAAGUGCUUCCUCCAAACUUGUCCUUGCAGAGGCAGAUGAUUUAAGUGGUUUUGGAGGUGGGACCUAGAGUGUCUCCAUGGAGCUUAAGCCUAGUGCCUUCAGACAGUCUUGCUAAGUUGUCCAGGCUGGGCUUGAACUUGCCUGCUCCAGCUUCCCACAAUGCUGGGGUUACAGGCAUGGGCCAGCAGCAGCAGAUGGUCUUUAGUGUGCAAUGGGGCUGUUUGCUUUUCAGAGAUGGGGCAUCUUUCUGCCUCCCUCAGGCUGGCCUCCAACUCCUUGGCUCCAGGGGCCCUAUUUCUUCAGGACCAGUAUAGGUACCGCCAUUGAAUCCCAGUUUUUCUUCACAGAGCUAGAGUAUAGGGGUCAAAUCUAGAGGCACAUCACCACAGAGCUGCACCCCAGCUCUUUCAUAUUUUGCAGCACAAUCCAGACUGGCCUUGCCCCCCCACCCCCUGCUCCUUGAGAUGCCAAGCAUGUACCACACCAGGCCAGCAGGCCUGAAUUCACAAAGCCUGAUGCGAGGUCUUCGUAAAUGGCAUCCGUCUUCGUAUGGGUAGUGGCUCCUAAGGCCAGGGCUCUGUCAGUACUGGGCAUGGUCCAGUCCUGCCCACCCAGGGGAUCAGGUCUGUGUGGAUUUUGACGUUUGCUUCCCUUCUCAACUCCAGUGGGGAGGAGGGGACGACUGACCAGCCUCACUCCACCUUUUGGCAGUGCUGGGGUUAAGCAAGGUGGGAGCCAGGGUUAGGUCCAGGGCAGUGCAGGCAUGGCUGAGCACAGCCAUGUGGGGGCGUGUCUCUGCACUCCACUGCCAUUGGCCAGGUGUGGCAUGGGCCACAGAUAAAAAUGCAGGCAGCCCUGUGUUGACAGCACACACGAUGGUGGACAGCGUGUACCGCACCCGCUCCCUCGGGGUAGCAGCUGAGGGGCUCCCGGACCAGUAUGCAGAUGGGGAGGCCGCACGCGUGUGGCAGCUGUACAUCGGGGACACCCGCAGCCGCACGGCUGAGUACAAAACGUGGCUACUGGGGUUGCUGCGCCAGCAUGGAUGCCAGCGAGUGUUGGACGUGGCCUGCGGCACAGGUGUGGACUCCAUCAUGCUGGUGGAAGAGGGCUUCAGCGUGACCAGUGUGGAUGCCAGUGACAAGAUGCUGAAGUACGCGCUGAAAGAGCGCUGGACCCGACGGCGAGAGCCAGCCUUCGACAAGUGGGUCAUUGAAGAAGCCAACUGGAUGACUCUAGAUAAAGACGUGCCCCGGCCGGAAGGGGUCGGCUUUGAUGCCGUCAUCUGCCUUGGGAACAGUUUUGCCCACUUGCCAGACAGGACAGGUGACCAGAGUGAGCAUCGGCUGGCGCUAAGGAACAUUGCAAGCAUGGUGCGGCCAGGUGGCCUGCUGGUCAUUGAUCAUCGAAACUAUGACCACAUCCUCAGCACAGGGUGUGCCCCUGCAGGGAAGAACAUCUACUACAAGAGCGAACUGACCAAGGACAUCAAGACGUCGGUGCUGACGGUGAACAACAAAGCCCACAUGGUGACACUGGACUACACAGUGCAACUGCCGGACGCUGGCCCGGACGGCACCCCGGGCUUCAGCAAGUUCCGGCUCUCCUACUUCCCGCACCGCCUGGCCUCCUUCACAGAGCUGCUCCAAGGAGCCUUCGGGGGCAAGUGCCAACACAGCAUCCUGGGUGACUUCAAGCCCUACAGGCCGGACCAGGCCUAUGUCCCCUGCUACUUCAUCCAUGUGCUCAAGAGGAUAGGCUGAACAUGGCCCCGGGAGCAGCAAUGUGGCUCAAGCAAAGGGGGCAGAACAAUACAGCCUGUGCCUAUCAA